GCUGUAAGCGCUGUAAAUCGAGAGGAGUCGAUCUGACUGAAAUUUUGUAUACAUUGCUUUUUAUGCGAGUUAAAACACCCCACCACCCCGCUGCUUGCUUACUUAUCUGUUCAUGAAUUGAAUCAAAUUGAACAGGAAAGUUGCAAUGUAUUUUAGUGGGCCCCAAUAAUGUGAAAAAUGUGAUAUUAAUAUCGUGGUUAUGAUGAAACAUUCCAAAGACGAAUAUUAUGUUUACUGACGUUUAACAAACAGUGAAGAAGUUACGCGUGAUACAGCUGUGGAAAGUGUCAUAUAAGUGUCAUUUUCAGUGACAAUGGCUCAGUGCAAGUUAACUCCACACGAAUUUAUUCAGAAUGCUUUCUCACCCAUGGUAUCAGUAAUGUGUAGCCCAUCUGUCGACCAGACAUGCCAAAAAAACAAUUUGUCUUUCAUUGAAAUGAUUCAGCCCUUUUGUAAAAUUAACACAGAAGCUCAUUUUCGAGAUCCAUCUGGGAACACUGUAACAAUAAGAAAUCUUAGAAUUACAAUGCUGGAUGUCAACUCUCGGCCACCUCAACCAACAUUAGCUCGGAAGUUCUUGAAUGAAUCUGUCAGUUUAGCAUCAAGUGACAGAACUUCUGCAUUACAGAUAGGUAACUCCGCAGUCGACAUUCCAGCUUCUGUUCCUUGGUUUGAGGCAUGGCGAGAAACAUUUCUUCAAGUUCAGUUUCCAUCUGAUCAUGAAUUUACAAAGCAUUAUCUUAGCUGUAUCCUUUUUAUACUUAUAUGUUAUUGCCACAGAGUUGGUGUACAGACCUUAACUAUAGCAGGUAUCCUGGUAGUGUCUUCAGUUGAAUCCAGCCCUGCUGAUGUGUUGAUACAAAUGAAUCAACAGUUGCAACAACUGCAGAAUGUAACUCCAGCAAAGUUGCCCAAGUGGUUUUCUCCUAAUGUCUUGCGCUACUAUGUGUUACUACAUGACGCACAAGAAGGGGGUGUGGAGAAGGCAGAAUGUGCCUUUGAGAACAUUAAAAAUACUUAUGGUGCUGCUAAUUGUUACUUUCUGCAAAUGAACUCUCGACCACCAGGUCAAGUUGAUGAUCAAACACAUUUACCAGAUCCGUGGAGUCAAUUCCUUAUCAGACACUUGGAUGGGCAAGAAGGCAGUGACCAUGACAGCAGCCCUCGCACACCUGCAGAAGUGGGUGGCCUAACGGGAAUGCCCAUGCCCAGUCGCUUGGCAACUGAAGGCAGUUGUGAUAGUGACAUUUCUCCCAAGGAGACUGAAUUGGCACAAGAGGCUGGUGAAGGUACGCCAUCUGGGGCCAUUACUGUCACCCGGCAUCCUCUUAGCCCGAGUGCAGAUAGUGAAGUUCCAGGUUCCUUUGGACCAACUAGUGAAAGGACAGGCCACAUGACUGACACUUCUGGAUUGCCUUCUGGUCACAUAAACAGUAAUGUGUGGGCAGGGCAAGGGACUUGCAUUGGGGGAUCUCAAGCUGCCCAUGGAGCUUGCCUCACUGCUGCAGACUUGGACCGUCUUCGGACACUUGUGCAAGAUUUUUGCAUUAAAGCAUUGUUACCGCAUGUAGAACGCCAAGUCCAACAACUUAGUGAUGCUGUUUCUAACAAGAAAGGUGUGAGUCGUUCUUUACUGAGUGCCACUAAACGCUGGUUUGGUAGUAACAAACCUGGCAUGCCUAACGUCAAUACUCCUACCAAUGCUGUGAUAUACGCUAGUGACGCUCCAGAGCUGCAGCUCCGGCGAUUGGGAGAUCUCUGCUUCAUGUUUGGUCACUAUGCCCUUGCCUUUCAAGCAUACCACUCUGCCAAACGAGACUUUAGUGCGGACCAAGCCUGGCUCUACUAUGCAGGGGCUCUGGAAAUGGCAGCUCUGUCUGCAUUCAUGCAGGGAGAACCUACUCGCAAAGCUCAAGAGUACAUGGAGGAAAGCAUUGUCACCUACCUCAAUUCGUGCAAAAUGCCUCAGUUUGCUACUCGUGCCACUCUGCUUAGUACAGAGUGCUUAAAAGGCCGCGGACUCUACGGAGAGGCUGCACAACAAUUCAUUCGGAUGACAAGUGAAGAUAGUGAUUUGCGCAGUGCACUUUUAUUGGAGCAAGCAGCCUAUUGCUUUUUAAAAGCUGCACGACCCUGUAUGGCACGUAAAUACGCUUUCCAUGCUGUGUUGGCUGGUCAUAGGUUUUCAAAAGCUGGCCAACGAAGACAUGCUCUACGUUGCUAUCGGCAGGCAUAUCAGGUCUAUGAGAACAAAUCCUGGAGUUUGGCUGAAGAUCACAUUCAUUUCACUAUUGGUCGCCAGGCAGCAAAUUUGAAAUUGAUGGCAGAGUCUGUGAAGGCUUUUGCCCGAUUACUUAGCCCUCUUAGUCGACAAACUGCUGCACAACAGGCAGCCUUUUUGCGCGAGUAUGUCUCUAUUCAGCAGCAACAAGUGUCCGAAGAGCCAUUGGCGGAUAGUUCAGUACCGGAGCUGCCAUUGCCCAUUGUAGAACAAAACAGUGUACGGGUGCUGGUUGGCCCUUUACCAUGUAGCACCAGUGUUACUCCUGUUGUGGGCAGCAACCCACCCACUGUUCCUGCUUCAGGAGUGACAUUUGAAGACGAUGACCCUGACACUGCCAAAUGGCCUAAAUUAGAAGAAAUGCUCAUUACUGCAGCACAGAAGCAGCUUCCAAUGAUCUUCAAGCCCACCAUCCAGAUGUUCUCCAAUUACACAGACAAUAGCAGAAAUCCUGUCAGUAUUGUAGGGGAGCCAGUGAGUGUACAGGUGAAGCUGGUGAAUCCAUUGCAGGUGUCUCUGCCACUUCAUGACCUGCAGCUGCUGUGGUCCAUGCGUCCCACAGCAUUGAUUUCAGCAGAUGGAUCUGCAGCUGCUCCUGUCACACCUUCCUCACAGGGCACUGUUGAAGCUCAAGUACUGCCUUCUUUACUGCUACCAGCUGACUCCUGCCAACCUGUGGUAUUAUCACUAACACCCCGUAGCUCUGGAGAGUUGCAUAUCUUAGGCAUCACAUACUCGCUAUCUGUACCAGCAACAGAUGCUAGUGGUCCAGGUGCUAGUGUUUGUGGCAGGCAACUGUUUCAUGUGCACUCCCGGCCUCGACCUCAGAAAGGGCGCAAGGAACCUCUGCCUGAUAAGCGGCUCCAAGUGCAAGUUGUUCCCACUGCACCAUGUCUGCAGGUGAAUUUUGUUGGUCAGAGCAGUGACAUGUUAUGUGGAGAAGUACAGCAAGUGGUGAUGGAAUUCCGAAACAUAGGAAGUGCUCCCUUGUCUACUUUGCAUGUUGCUUCUUCUGCACCCGAGCUUUUUGUUUUUGAGGGCGAGCAAGUGGGCAGUGCUGUGAAUGGCAUUGUACACAUUCCGUUGACAAAGCUUGCAGGCAAACAGCUUGGCGUGGGCCAAGUACACAAAACUACCUUUUGGGUGCGUGCACCAGACGUCCCAAUGGAAGCCACAUUAGACUUGCUAUUCUACUAUGAAAAUGUAGUCAACAGUGCUGUUCCAAGGUACCGGCUGGUCCGGCAUCAGUGGAUAUUAAAUGCCUCUGCUGGACUGCAGCUAACUGCAUCUGCUCUGCCUUCCUGCAAUAGCCACCAGGCUGUCACACACAGUAGUACCCGUUUGUUGAACUUGCCUUUACAAGCCAAGAAUCUCAACCAGGUUCAAGAUACCAUCAUGACAGAAGUGUCACUUGUACAGAUACUCCUGGCCAGCACUGAAUGGCAACUUAGUCAACAGGCUGUUCUCCCAAAAGGUGUACAGUUGCAAGCUCAAGAAAAGAUGUAUUUUUUAUUGCAAGCUAGCAGGCUUGAAGACAAAGCUCUAGUUGCAGGAAAGGAAAAUAUUUCUCAUUUGUGGCUGACAGAGAAUUCUGAACUGCAGCCUGUGCUCAUUAAGAGUCCGUACUUGGAUUUCUUUGAUCGUUAUGUACAUCGAAAAGGCUGCGGAGAUGCCGCCUCUGAGCCUUCAGUGGAGCAGGGCUGCGGAGAAGGAACUAAUGAACCUGGACUUGUCGAUCUCUGCUUAUUAGUGCAGUGGCAGGCAUCAGUGGUCAUAGGUCAAGGAGCCCGCCGCAGUGCUGUGGGCCAAACAUGUAUUCUGGUGCGACAUGCAGGCGUACCCGCCUCUUGGCCACCUGCCAUCCCACAGACGGGCAGCUUGCAAGCGUUGUCUCCUAGUUGGCCCCUUAGUUCUUUUGGAGUAGAGACAACGCCUGCUCUGCCAGCAUCAGGCAACACUGGAGAGCGCUUCCCUGCUUUGGAAGCUCUUCAGAAACUAGUCAUCUUCACCAUAUCUCAUCCUCCUCGUGUAAUGCAUGAUUUCAAAAGCAGCAGGUUGUGUGUGGUGCCUGUACAGUUGUUAUUGCAAAACUGUUCUCAGCAGCAAUUGCUUGUGAAAAUCAACACCCUUAGUAACAGCAAUAUGCAGCCAGCUAAUAAGAGUCAGCUCUAUUCUCCACAUUCCUCUGCAGCUUUCCGCUGGGUGGGGCUGGCCAAGGCGUGGUUGGAGCUGCCUGGCCAUGCCAGUGCUACUGUGGCCCUCGCUGCUGCACUGGGCAGCCCUGGCACUUUUGACAUGGGUGCUCAUCUGGAAGUGUGGUGUUGUGAACCUGGUGCUCCUGCUGCUAAUGCUGUCAGUCAGAGCUGGCGAGUUGAGUCUGCUCUUAUUGUCAGCUCCAUGUCAUAGCAUACUGCUAAAUUGUACCUAACUGAUCUCCUCAACUGUUAUAUCGUGUAAUAAAUCUUUCCCUGUUAUCUAAAUAAUGUCUCAUUUGUUUGUGCAAUUUUGACAUUAAUAACUUAGUAUGUUAUUGACUUUAUAAGAUCAAUAUGGGAAUUCAAGUAUAACUAAAAAAGUUUAUUUAACAUAGAUUUAAACGAUUUAGCAUGUACCAUUCAUGUUGAUUUAUACAGAGAGAGCCAAAGCAGAGAUACUCCCUGGUCCAUUCAGUCUUUUCUCAGAUGAAAAAUGAGGCACAAAUAUACUGCCAUUGCCUCCGUGCUCUCCCUGAAUCCACUAGAGGGUCAGAACGAGUGCUGGAAUUGCGAGGAAUAUUUACAAUCUCAAGGAAAAAUUGAUGAAGCAGGAGCUUCACCAUACAGAUAGAUGAACCCCCACAGAUAUUAUGUUUUGUCUUUGAGACAAACUUACCGCUGCAGAGUCAAGUCACGUUAAUUGUUGGUUUGAUUUGUGUUGAUGGUGGUUAUUUAUUGUAUUUCCUUUACUUUUUCCUUUUUUACCUCCGACAAGAUAACAGCAUUUCGAGUUGUCAGUUUUGGAAAGUUAUCAACAAGAAGCCAAUUUAAAAAAUCAUGAAACCAAUUUAAAGAUGUUGCUUAUUUUUAAAGUGUCUUCAAUACCGUAUUGUUUUACUGCUGCAGAUUUCAAUAGAGAGUGAGGAGAGUGAGUAAGCACUUCAAAAGUAACUUUUACAAUACUUUUGUAUCCAGAUUUCAUGGUUCCAAUGACUAAGAUACAAAUCCACAUCAUGCCCAUUAACUCUGUUUGGUGCGAAUUUAAUGUAGAAAUUGUGGAAUUACAAUGCGUUACGACUGAAAGCAAUGGUGACUGAUGCUUAGAUUGCAUGAGAUCGUCAAUUUUU